AUGUCGUCAGGAAGACCGAUUAAAUGUGUAGUGGUGGGUGAUGGAACUGUGGGCAAAACUUGUAUGUUAAUAUCAUACACUACAGACAGUUUUCCGGGCGAAUAUGUUCCAACAGUAUUUGAUAAUUACUCAGCUCCUAUGGUUGUGGAUGGAGUAGCGGUGUCUUUAGGACUCUGGGAUACAGCUGGGCAAGAGGACUAUGAUAGACUGAGACCUUUAAGUUAUCCACAAACAGAUGUCUUCCUUAUAUGCUUUAGUGUGACAAGUCCAUCAUCAUAUGAGAAUGUGACUUCAAAAUGGUAUCCAGAAAUAAAACAUCACUGCCCUGAUGCUCCUAUUAUACUAGUUGGUACAAAAAUUGACUUAAGGGAUGACCGUGAGACGUUAAGUCUACUCUCAGAGCAAGGCAUGUCUCCUUUAAAGCGAGAACAGGGUCAAAAGCUUGCUAAUAAAAUACGAGCCGUCAAGUACAUGGAAUGUUCUGCUUUGACACAACGUGGUCUCAAGCAAGUCUUUGAUGAAGCUGUCCGUGCAGUAUUAAGACCGGAGCCACAGAAGAGACACCAAAGGAAGUGUUUAAUCAUGUAAAUAUGUCACACACCCUAUGACAGUAGUAUGAUAAUGUCACAUAAUGCAGGAAUCUCAAGACAACAGUAAUAAUAUGUUUCUAUACCAGCAAUAGGAUGCUAAUUUAUUUCUGAAGUCAAUCAAAGUCUAAUUUUCCUAAUAAUUGAUUCAUUGCAAUGUGCCAUAACUAAUUUUUUCAAAUAUAAACAGUGUUGUCUUAAUGCAUUAUUACAUCACAAAUGUGAAUAUCUUAUUUAUGUAAACUGUUUUCUUAAGUAAAUGGAAGUAAAUGCCAAAGAUUUAUGAAUAGGUGUAAGUUUCAAUAUUUUUUAGGUUUCAUGUGUGGUAUAAAUGGUUGGAAACAAAUUGUUACUGUUAACGAUAACUGAGAAAUGAUAAUAUUAUUUUUUUAUAAUAUUAUGCAAAUGACCUCAAUAUUUUGAAGUUUUAAAAUAUAUUCUUAUGCAAGAUGUGAAUAAGGACUGACAGUUAGUUGUGAAGCUAGAUAUGUGUAUAACAUACUCAAAUAAUGGUAAUUUCUUAGUUGCGAGAGUAAAUAUUUUGUAUUGACAGGCAUUUAUAUAGCGGUCAGCAUUUUGUAAUAGUUUUCUUUUAUAAUCAUAAAUUGCGACUUAGAAAAUAAUAAUUUAGGCACAUGUUUAGUAGAUCUAAGCUAGAUACUACUGACGUUAUACCGCUAUGAAUGUAUUUGCCUUAAGAAUUUAUGGUUAUUCUCAGGGUAGAUAUUACAAGAUGAACAAUGAAAAAGAUUUUGGGGAAAUAGUUUAGUACUAACAUAACUCGAAUUAGAGUUAAGAGAUGGAAUGAAAAACGGUUUGUUUAUUAAUUAUGUCUAAAAACUUUCUGAUAUUUUCUUAUACUCGAAUGUGUUUAUAACUUAAAUAACGUUUUUUAAGUAGGUAUAUAUAGUUUCCAGUUUCGAUAAUACACAUGACGAAAUAGGAAGUGGUUUAUAGUCGUUUUUAGGUCAAAUAUUUUUGUAUGUGAAAAACAUAGCUUAAGAUAACAAAGCAUUUAGUGUGAUUAUACCGCAUCGAUAUUACUCAAGUAUUUUAUAGACUGCUUUGAGUUACAGGUAACGCUUUGAAAUUAUUGUGUAUAUAAACUUUAAUUAUUUAUAUUGUAAGAACAAAUGCGCAAUUUACAAAUAAAAUCUUAUUGUAAUAUGUA